UGCUCUGCGAGGUUCCGCCUUCUGCUCCGUGCACGCUCCAGCUCAGCUCAUGUGGUUUUUAUGCACAUUUAAAAAUAACCAUGGCAUCAGAUGGAGUGUCCUGUUCAGAGUUUAUAGAUUUGGACAUCGAUCUAAAUCCUCAUCAUGAACAAGAGACAUGUAAACAAGAGAAACAACUGUGCGCGUCUCUGCGGAAACAUUACAGCCUGUGCAGAAGAAAGUCUUUUGCUGCAUUUGUGGCCUCCAAGAAGUCUGAAUGCAGUGAGUGCUGGAGCUGCUGUGGUCACACCUUCACUGAGCACUCUGCCAUUCACAAACAUGUGGCCCGGAGCCAUCAGGCCGAGGUGGAGCAGAACGCCCUCACAGCCUUUGAGAAGGUCCAGACAGAGGAACGGGAAGCACAGCCAGACCCACAGCAAUCUGACCUACGACCGGGGCUGGAGAACAUGGACAUCUCCUCAUGGAUCCCUGACACCAGCCACCUGUCUGAGGAGCAGCUCACACAAGCCCCUGGCAGAGUGCUGCUGUAUUACUGUUACUGUGAUGUGUCUGAGCCUCAUGUGCUCUGUGCCUGGCAGAGAGCGCUCUGUGAGAAACUCCACCUCACGGGGAAGGUGAGGGUGGCCUCAGAGGGCAUCAAUGGCACUGUUGGAGGCACCUUUGCUGCUACAGAGCUCUACAUCCAGAGCAUGUGCUCCAACCCCAUCCUCAACAUGCACAGGGACGACUUUAAGACGAGUGCAGGAGGAGCAGAGUGCUUCACAGAGCUGAGGGUGGGGGUCUACAGAGAGAUCGUGCCCAUGGGGGUGGACCCUCAGCUGGUGUCUUACCGCUUGGCAGGGACUCACCUGGAGCCAGAGGACUUCCACAGGGAGGUGGAGGCGCUGCUGGCCAAAGACAGUACACACAGAGACACCAUUCUCCUCGACUGCCGCAACUUCUACGAGAGUAAAAUUGGACAGUUCACUCAGUGCCUGGCCCCAAACAUCCGGAAGUUCAGUUACUUCCCCGACUAUGUGGAGCAAAACCUGGAUGUGUUCAGAGGGAAGCGUGUGCUCAUGUACUGCACCGGGGGCAUCCGCUGUGAGCGCGCCUCCGCCUACCUCAGGUCAAAGGAGGUGUGUAAGGAGGUGCUGCAGCUCAGAGGAGGCAUCCACAGAUAUCUGGAGCACUUUCCUCAGGGACAUUAUCGAGGCAAACUGUUUGUGUUUGACGAGCGAUACGCCAUCUCUUCCAACGAUGACGUCAUCUCAGACUGCAGGUACUGCGGCGCCCCCUGGGACCAGUACGAGCUGUGUUCCACCGUGUCGUGCCGUCAGCUGGUGCUGUCCUGCCCCACGUGCAGAGGGGAGGGGCGGACUGCCUGCUGCCCCACCUGCCAGAGCAAAGACCCCGUCCCACACAAUAACAGGGAGGAGUGUGAGUGCACCACGGGACGCCCCAGGAUCCCUCUGGAGAUAUGAGACUGUCUGCUGCUCUGUUUUUAUUCCUUAAUGUUUUUUUUUUUCUUUUUUUUAAUGCUGUCUUGGUCAGGUUAGCAAUCUAAUGUACCUUGAUUUCUGAUGUUUAAGUGCAAAUAUCAGGUUAGAUGACUGAUUUCACAAAAAUAUAAUUACAUGAUUAUAUUAUAAAUUAUAACAUUUUUUUUUACAAAAAAUCAUUGAUGUAAUCUCAUAACUGUUAUGUGGCAACCAUACUGCAUACAAUGACCAAAACUUGCACAAUAAAUUGUACCUUUAUUUUGUUAAAUGAAGGCUUAAACUGUC